UGACACUAUCUCGAGCUACUAGAAGGACAGGGAAGAAAUGGCUGAUACCAUAGCUGACACAAGAAGGCUCUUCACCAAGCCUCAGAACUUAAAUGACGCUUAUGGACCUCCGAGUAACUUUCUAGAGAUUGACGUGAGCAACCCUGAGACCGUCGGGGUUGGCAGGGCCAGAUAUACCACGUAUGAAGUCAGACUGAAGACCAACCUUCCCAUCUUCAAGCUGAAGGAGUCUUGCGUACGGAGGCGGUACAGCGACUUUGAGUGGCUCAGAACGGAGCUGGAGAGGGAGAGCAAGGUGGUUGUCCCACCUCUCCCGGGAAAAGCUCUUUUCCGGCAGCUUCCGUUUCGAGGGGAUGAUGGGAUAUUUGAUGACUCUUUCAUCGAGGAGCGGAGACAGGCUCUGGAGCAGUUUCUCAACAAAGUGGCAGGUCACCCUCUAGCUCAGAAUGAACGAUGCCUGCACAUGUUCCUACAGGACGAGUUUGUGGACAAGAACUACACCCCAUCCAAAAUCAGACAAGCCUGAAAGAAAACACAGCUCUGCUCGGCCUGGCUUGGCUCAGCCUUGCUCGGCCCGACAACCCAAAGCUCUCUUCACUGCUCCAGGUUUCUCUCAGACAAUAAACAUUUCAAUGACAACUUCCCCUCCCCGCGCCCCCCCAAAAUAUUAUUGUUCACUGCCUCUUUUAGUUUAAUUAGUGACCCUGAUCGGUGUUUGUUUUCACUUUCUAAUUGGAGUCAAGAAUGUUGGACACAUAAAUGUGGUUGAAAGUAAUUUAUAGUAAUUUCUCUUUAUGUCUGGAAAUGCCACUAACAUGGAUAUAUUAUGUAUUUAUCAUUUAGCUAUGUCUUGAAUAUAUUCAUUUAUAUAGCAACAUUGAAUGAGCGUUCUAUGUAUGCAAAGCUCUUGUAAAGACCCACAGCGUUUCCCAUUAUAUACUGUAUAUCCAGUACUGGCAUGUUGCGCACGAUACCUAGCAACUAAACACACACACAUACACACAUAUAUAUAUUUGAUGGGCCUCAACUUUCAAAUCACACUUAGUUGAUCCUCUCUUCAAAAGGAAGCACGUGUGUGUAUCGACCAGCACCUGCCCAGUUAUCACGAUGAUUUUCUAGUAAGACAGAAGUAAUUUACACAGAGGGAACUGCAGUAUUUCUACUGGCUAUAUGCAUUUUGAGAUUUGUAUACUGCUGUGCCAUUUUUGUUUAUUUUGAAGAUUUUCCAAUAAAAUAGGUGAAAUGUC